AUGCCAGCAUUCAACCAGUCCACGGUGAUAGAAUUCAUUCUAUUGGGAUUCACCUUCAACGCCAGGACCAAUCCUCUGCUCUUCACCUUCUUUUUAGUCUUCUAUCUGCUGAUUCUUGUGAGCAAUAGCCUCCUUAUCACACUCAUCCAUCAGGACUCCCGCCUCCAUACACCCAUGUACUUUUUCAUUAGUGUCCUCUCCAUGCUGGACGUGUGCUAUACCACCACUACUGUCCCCCAGAUGCUUGUGCAUAUUCUCAGCAAGAAGAGGACCAUCACUUUUGCUAGAUGUGUUGCCCAGAUGUACAUCUUCCUCCUCUUUGGAGUUACAGAGUCCUGGCUUUUCUCCAUCAUGUCUGUGGACAGGUAUAUGGCCAUCUGCCACCCUCUCCGAUACAAGGUCAUCAUGAGUCGUAGGACGUGUCUCCUCAUGGUAGGUAUCUGUGCAGCCUAUGGUGUGGUGGGUGGCCUAUGCUAUACCUUCUUUGCCAUGCGCUUGCCCUAUUGUGGUCCUGAUGAAAUUGACCACUACUUUUGUGAGGUUCCUGCUGUUCUGAAGUUAGCCUGUGCAGACACAUCCCUCAAUGACUUGGUGGACUUCAUCACAGGUUUCAAUGUCAUUGUGGUCCCACUCUCCCUGGUUGUUAUUGUCUAUGUCAACAUCUUUGCCACCAUCAUGAAGAUCCGCUCAGCACAGGGGCGGAUCAAGGCCUUCUCCACCUGUGCCUCCCACAUCACUGUGGUCACCAUGUUUGCCAUCCCAUGCAUCAUCAUGUACAUGAGCCCUGGCUCUGGCCCCUUAUCAAACAGUGGCAAAAAAAUGGCCCUUUUUUACAACAUUGCCACAGCCUUCCUCAACCCUGUCAUCUAUAGUCUAAGGAACAAGGAUGUGAAAAGGGCUUUCCUCAAACUCAUGGGAAGGAGCAGGACUCCAGAGUGA